GUUAAUUUGAUCAUAUGUCUGAUUUAGCUGAUAAGAUAGUUGUAGUAAUUAGAAAGAGACCAUUAGGAAAAAAGGAGCUUGCAAAAAAGGAUGAAGACAUUGUAGAUGUUCAAAGUGAUUAAAGUGUGAUUGUUCGAGAAGUGAAGUAAUACACAAUUGUAUACUUAGAUAAAAGGUAGAUCUUACUAAAUAUGUUGAAGAACAUAUGUUUAACUUUGAUUUAGCAUUUGAUUAGAAUGCUUCGAAUUAAUAAGUUUAUUUGAAUGCAGUUCGACCAAUUAUAGAAGCAGCCUUUAAUAAAGCAAGAGUUACUUGUUUUGCUUAUGGACAAACCGGAAGUGGUAAAACACAUACUAUGUUGGGUGAUGUUGAUAAAUAAAUACCUGGGAUGUAUAUCUUAGCAGCUAAUGAUAUAUUCUAACUGUUACAAUAAGUAAAUUUAUAUCUGUUAUAAUAUUAGCCUGAAUUCAAACAUUUAAUUGUUGGAGUAUCAUUUUUUGAAAUCUAUUGUGGAAAAUUACAUGAUCUUUUAAAUUAGAGAAUGUAAAUCUAAAUUAGAGAAGAUGCUAAAGGAAAUGUUAAUUUAAUCAAUCUACUUGAAAAGAGAGUCGAUUCUGUAUAAACUCUUAUGUAAAUCAUAACUCAAGGUUAAACUGCUAGAGUUACAGGUUAAAUUUAUUUUAUUAUUAUUUCUUAGCUCAAAAUGGAGCCAAUAAUGAAUCAUCAAGAUCUCAUGCCAUUUUACAAAUCAAUCUAAGAACUGGCAAAAAUGUUUUUGGCAAAUUAUCAUUCAUUGAUUUAGCUGGAAGUGAAAGAGGAGCUGAUGUUUAAGAUUCUAACAAAUAAACUAGAAUUGAUGGAGCUGAAAUUAAUAAAUCACUCCUAGCAUUAAAAGAAUGCAUCAGAGCAUUAGAUCUCAAUAAAAAUCAUACUCCUUUUAGAGGAUCUAAACUUACAUUAGUAAAUCUUAUUAUAAUAUAUCUAGGUUUUAAAAGAUAGUUUAACAGGAAAUUGUAAAACUGUUAUGAUUGGAAACAUUUCUCCAAGUUCAUCAAGCAGUGAACAUACUUUAAAUACAUUAAGAUAUGCUGAUAGAGUUAAAGAACUUAAAAAACCAUAAGAUAAAUAAUUUUAAGGAGAUUACAUAUAAAGAGAAUUGAUGUUGGCCAGAUAAAAUAGUAAUACUUUUAUCUAUUUAUUUUCUAGCUAAUGUUGUCAGAAAAGCAUAUAAAAAUCCUGAUGAUGAUGAAGAUGAAGAUAUCUCAUCUAAUUCUAUGAGUAAUUCCUUAUUUCCUUAAUAAUAACAAUAAUAAUAUAUGUUUUAAUAACAAUAAUAAUAAUAGUUUAUGAUGCAAUAAUAAUAUUAAUCAAAUUAAUAUCUUUUUUAAUAACAAUAACAAUAAUAAUAAUAACAAUAAUAAUAAUAAUAAUAAUUAUAAUAAUAGUAAAUAUCUAAUCCACCAAAAUUAUCUUAAAUAUCGAAAAAUUCAUCAUAGUAAAAUUCCAAUAAUAAUAUUCUUAAUAGAUUUAAUUUAGGCUCUUUUCCUACUAUAAAUGGGGGUAGUUCUUCUAACAUUGUACCAAAUAAUUCCAAAUAAUAUACAUAAUAACCAUUUUUAUAAUAAUAACCUUCAUGCAAUUCCAUUCUUACAGAAAUUCCUCAAUAAUAACCAUAAUUAUUUUAAUAAUAAUAUAAUUAAUAGGGUAGCAAAUUAUUAUAGCAUCCUUAACAAUAACAAUAAUUCUGUUAAAAUAAUAAUCUUUUCCAAGAAAAUGUAUUUGAUUAAGGAUAUUAAUAAUAAUCCCAAUAAAAUUAAUAGGCAUUAGAUAUACGUCAAGAUUCAAUGGUUGAAGAAGAAUUAUGCAUAAAUAAUCCAAAUUAUUUUAGUGUCACAGGAAGAUACUCUUAAGAAUCACAAUCUUCAAGAUAAAGUUCCACUAGACCUUUGUAAGAGAUCAAUAAUUAUGAAGGAUCUAAGUACUAUAAUAAUAGAUAAUUUACAAAUAAUGAUUACUAAUAUUAGUAACAUAUUUUGAAUGAACAUAAAUAAAAUAUUGAUAAAAUAGUUGAAAUCACUAAAGAUGUAUUGAUUUGAUUAUACAAAAGGAAAUGAUUAAUUUAUAAUAAGUUUAAUCUCCACAAGAUAUGUCACAAUAUGUUUAAAAAGUGAUGUUCUAGUUACAGAACAAAAUGGAUUUAAUUGCCAAUUUGCAUUAAAAGAUGAAGCAAUAUUAAAAAGAUGUUGAAAGUAGGGGAAUGUCAUUCCAACCAAAUUCCCAUACAUUUAGUUUAUUUUAAUAAGAUGAUAAUUUACUAAACAUAGAUGAUAAUGUGAUUUGA